GUUAGCAACCAGGCCUGGCGUAACGGUUCCUAAGCAGGAUUUGUUGACGUUAGCUGAACACACAGAAGUAUGCAUUCGCGACAUCAUUUGAUAAAAUUAAACAAAAAAUAAUUCAGCCUUUUUCAACCCAUCGCAGGCUGCUCGGGUUUAAAACUCACGAACCGUUCAAAAUGAGCGAACAGCUCAAAUUGAUCGUUGAACAGCUCAACAGAGAACCGUUUAAGAAAAACUUCAAUCUCAUUACCUUCGACUCACUCGAGCCAAUGCAGUUACUGCAGACUUUAAAUGAUGUUCUGUCCGAAAUCGAUCCAAAGCAAGCAAUUGAUAUACGUGAGGAGAUGCCUGAACAGACAGCCAAGAGAAUGUUCACUAUUUUGGGGAUGAUGAAAUACAAACCUGCUGGAGGCAUUUCUGAAGUAAGCAGUUUUCGUCAAGGAUUAGUGAUUGGCAGUAAGCCCGUGGUGCACCCCAUACUGCACUGGCUGUUACAGAGGAUUCCAGAGCUGAAGAAGAGGGCAUACCUAGCCCGAUUUCUCACCAAACUAGAGGUGCCUGCUGAGUUUCUGCAGGAUGAUGUUAUUGCUGCGACCUUCCACCAGUAUGAGGAGCUGGUUGAGGGAUUCAAGAACAUCCACAAAGAGUGUGAACAGCUUAAGAGCUCGGGUUUCUCCACAGCUGAGAUUCGACGGGACAUUGUGGUAAUGGAUGAAGAGAAGGACCAACUCAUUAAAAGAGUGGAUCGUCUUAGAAAGAGGGUAGAGGCAGUGUCAAACCACCAACGCAUGCUUGAACUGGCCAGACAGUUAAGAAUGGAAAAAGAACAAGAAGAAUCUCUCACUCAUCAGAAACAGGAGCAGAAGAACCAGCUCUUCCAGGCUGAGCAGAGACUGCAGAGAUCUCAGAUCCAGCUCAAAGACUUGCAGCAGGCAGCCGCAGAUGCAAAGCCAGAGAGCCUCAUGAAGAGACUUGAGGAGGACAUCAAGUUCAACAACUACAUGGUGUCUGAGAAGCUGCCCAGAGAGCUGGAGAACAUGAGAAAGGUGGUGCAGUACCUACAGAAGGUGGCAUCUGAGCCAGCCAUGGGCCAAGCAGAACUGAGGGAGCUAGAGGACAAGAUCAGAGAAACCAACACAGAGAUCAACCAGCUGAUUGAGAAAAGAAUGAUGCAGAAUGACCCGAUGGAUGAUAAACUCUCUCUGUUUAAACAGCAGGCCGCUAUUAUAGUCCGUAAGAAGGAGACCAAGGUGGAGGAGUUGCAGGAGGCCCGUGAGGAGCUGGCAGCUAUAGAGAGAAAACUGAACAUGAAGAGCAGUCAGACACGAGAGCGGGGCGGCAUGGAGCUGAUCCGGGGUGAUGAGUUUAAGCGUUAUGUGGCCAAGUUGCGUGGCAAGAGCAGCACGUAUAAGAAGAAACGCCAGGAAAUGUUUGAACUGAAGAUGGAGUAUGGUGUUCUCCAGAGGACUGAAGAGAUCCUGAAAGAACAACACACAGCUGGACAACAGCAGCUGCAAUCUCUUGAGGCUCAGCGGGGAAUCUCGGGCUACAGCGAUACUCAGGAAGAGCUGGAGAGAGUUUCAACUAUCAAGAGCGAUCUGGAUGAGAUGAAGGGACGAACGCUGGAUGACAUGUCUGAAAUGGUAAAGAAGCUGAAUUCAAUGAUAGCAGAGAAGAAGUCUGCUCUUUCUCCACUGAUAAAGGACCUUCGAGGUCUGAGACAGGAGCAUGCGGAGCUGGCUCCAGUGUAUGAGCAAAAAAAGGCUCAGUAUGACACCUGUGCCGCUGGACUGGAGAGCAACAGAUCAAAGCUAGAACAGGAAGUGAGGACAUUUAGGGAGAAGACAACACAGGAUGAAAGCCGAUAUCAUUACAUUAAUUGCAUGAGAGAGAUCAUCGAGAGCCAGAUGCAGAGGGCAGCAGAUCAGAGUAAGAUCAGUCAGUCAACAGACUUACAGGUGCGGAGGACAGCUCUCAGUCCUCGUGGUGGCGUAGUGACUCACCUCAAUCCGGGUGGUGAUAGACGAACCGUAAAUCUGCGCAUCUUAUCACGUGGCUUGUUGAGUGCGUUAACAUGGACACUUGCGCGUGUGGAGCCUCGUGCUAUUCUCCUCGUGGUAUCCACUCACAACUCACCAUGUGCCCCACUGAAAGCGAGAACCACAUCAAAGCGACCAUGAGGAGGUUACCCCAUUUGACUCUACCCUCCCUAGCAACCGGGCCAAUUUGGUUGCUUAGGAGACCUAGCUGGAGUCACUCAGCACACUCUGGCUUUGAACUCAUGACACCAGGGGUGGUAGUCAGCAUCAAUACUCGCUGAGCUACUCAGGCCCCCUGUGAAUGAUCCUUUUGAGAUAAUGAACAGAUGAAAAUGGUUCACAAAUUGUCUAAAUGUUUCAUUAGCAAGUUGGUCUGAAUCGAAGUCAUUUUAGGAUGUUCAGAUAAUUUUACUGGAAAAUAAGUUUUUUUUUUUGUUUUUUUUUGCAGUGCAAACCCUCAAAGAUCAAAUAAACACACAGACAUUCACAAAUACAUUUGAGGUCAGAAGUUUACAUACACCUUAGCCAAAUACAUUUAAACUCAGUUUUUCACAAUUCCUGACAUUUAAUUGUAGAAAAAAUGUCCGGUCUUUGGUCAGUUAGGAUCACAAUUUUAUUUUAAGAAUGUGACAUAUCAGAAUAAUUGUUGAGAGAAUGAUUUAUUUCAGAUUUUAUUACUUUGAUCACAUUCCCAGUGGGUCAGAAGUUUACAUACACUUUGUUAGUAUUUGGUGUCAUUGCCUUUAAAUUGUUUAACUUGGUCAAACAUUUUGGGUAGCCUUCCACAAGAUUCUCACAAUAAGUUGCUGGAAUUUUGGCCCAUUCCUCCAGACAGAACUGUUGUAACUGAGUCAGGUUUUUAGGCCUCCUCGCUCGCACAUGCUUUUUCAGUUCUGCCCACAAAUUUUAUGUCUGAUUAAGGUCAGGGCUUUGUGAUGGCCAUUCCAGUACCUUUUGUAGUCCUUAAGCCAUUUUGCCACAACUUUGGAGGUAUGUUUGUCCAUUUGGAAGACAUGUGCAACCAAGCUUUAACUUUCUGGCUGAUGUCUUGAGAUGUUGCUUCAAUAUAUACACAUAAUUUCCUCAUGAUGCCAUCUAUUUUGUGAAGUGCACCAGUCCCUCAUGCAGCAAAGCACCCCCACAACAUGAAGCUGCAACCCCUAUGCUUCACUGUUGUUAUGGUGUUCUUCAGCUUGCAAGCCUCACCCUUUUUCCUCCAAACAUAACAAUGGUCAUUUGUUUCAUUAUACCAGAGGACAUUUCUCCAAAAAGUACGAUCUUUGUCCCCAUUUGCACUUGAAAAUUGUAGUCUGGCUUUAUGACAGUUUUGGAGCAGUGGCUUCUUCCAGGUUAUGUCGAUAUAAGACUUGUUUUACUGUGGAUAUAGAUAGUUGUCUACCUAUUUUCUCCAGCAUCUUCACAAGGCCCUUUGCUGUUGUUCUGGGAUUGAUUUGCACUUUUCACGCCAAAAUACGUUCAUCGCUAGGGGGUUUGAUGACUGUGUGGUCCUAUGGUGUUUAUACUUGCGUACUAUUGUUUGUAUAGAUAGACGUGCUAAUUUCAGACAUUUGGAAAUCACUCCCAUGGAUGAACCAGACAUGUGGAGGUCCACAAUUUUUUUCUGAGGUCUUGGUUUUUUUCUUUUGAUUUUCCCAUGAGGUCAAAGAGGCACUGAAUUUGAAGGUAGGCCUUAUAAUAUAUCCACAGGCACACCUCCAAUUGAAGCUAUCAGAAGCUAAUUGGCUAAUCAUCUAAAGACUUGACAUAAAAAUGUUCUGGAAUUUUCCAAGCUGCUUAAAGGCAUAGUUAAUUUAGUGUAUGUAAACUUCUGACCCACUGAAAUUGUGAUAUAGUCAAUUAAAAGUAACUCAGUCUGUCUGUAAAAAAAUUUGGAAAAUUCUUGUGUCAUGCAUAAAGUAGAGGUCCUAAACAACCUGCCAAAACUAUAGUUUGCUUAUGUUAAAUCUGUGGCGUGGUUAAAAAAUUAGUUUUAAUGACUUCAACCUAAGUGUAUGUAAAUUUCUGACUUCAAACGUACAUGAAUUUAUGCUUCAUAAUUGACAAAGAAAUUAUCCCUGAGAGGCUUGUAUGAGCUUGCAGCUCUCAGCACAACUGCAUGUUGCUCACGACUUUCAUCUGUUUUGUUUCAAUAAUACUUGAAGUAGCUAUUCACCCAGUCCUGAUCUGUGCAGCCCACACAUUUGAAAUAAUGCAAUAUUUGUGCUAAAGGUGUGGGUGGGAGCUUUAGGGUUAAAGGGCUGCUAACACAAAGGUUGUAGGUUCAGUCCUAAGUAUUGUAGGAGUGACGGGAGAACUAAAGAAUUGCUGUGAUCACAAGUCUGUUUUUUCAGUGUUGUUAUAUAAGAUAAA